AUGGAUCCUUGGGGCAGUGAAGUUAAAAGUGGGUCUGUCGUAUCGGAGUUUGAGGAUAAUUUUACUUCUGCUGAUGCUGACGGAUUCCAAAAGCUGUCAGACUCAGCUGAAUACCUCGCUAUCCUCGAGAGGAAACUUAAAGCCGUCAGGUCUAAGAACAAAGUUCUUGAAAACUUGGCUGCUUAUAGAGCAGAUUGCAUUGACCGUUUGAUGCGGGAUGGUUGUGACUUAGACCCUGUAAUUGGAGACACGGAAUCUGACAAACUUCUACAGGAUUAA